CGCACCAGAGUCCCAGAGUCUCAAUUUACAUUCAUCCAAUCUCCAUUUCUUGGUCGCAGUGUUUCAGUUGAACCCAAAAAAAAUAAAACUUCUUCCUCUUGGUUGCCUAAAUACAUUCAUUGAUACACACCAAAUAUCGUGUGUGGAUACUCCCUGUUCUCACGUGAAUACCAAGGACUCAAGUUGGCCCCCCCUUUUCUUCUUCCUAAACACAUUCAGUUAAAAUGAAUCCUGAAGUUGAGCUGUAUCCCAUCGCCAUCCUGAUUGAUGAGCUCAGACAUGACGAUGUCAGUCUCAGACUCAAUGCCAUCAAACGACUCAACACCAUAGCACUUGCACUUGGACCACAACGUGCCAGGGAUGAGCUGAUUCCUUUCCUUGAUGAAUCUAUUGAUGACGAGGAUGAAGUUCUAUUGACAUUGGCAGGAGAAUUGGGUGACUUUGUGGAGUAUAUCGGAGGCGCACAGUAUGCGCAUAUUCUUUUGCAGCCAUUGGAGAAUCUGGCCGCCGUGGAAGAGACCAUGGUUCGCGACAAGGCGGUUGAAUCCUUGAACAAAAUCUGCCCUGUUUUAAACCAAUCGCAGUUGGAGCAACAUUAUGUACCUCUUGUCAAGCGUCUCUCAAUGGGAGAUUGGUUCACAAGCCGAACUAGUGCUACAGGUCUCUAUGCUGCUGGAUACUCUCUGGCUUCACCUGCAACCCAAGAAGAUAUGCGCAAAUCGUUUGGCCAGCUCUGUAUGGAUGAUACCCCCAUGGUUCGCCGAGCUGCUGCAACGCAUCUUGGUUCGUUUGCCAAGAAGGUCAGUAAAGAGCACCUUAUCUCAGACAUUAUUCCAUUCUUCAACAAGCUUGCCCAAGACGAGCAGGAUUCUGUGAGGCUCUUGACUGUGACUGACCUUGUGGCCAUUGCGGAGGAACUUUCGCCUGAAGAAUCAAAGACCUACUUCUUGCAGCCACUCAAAGCAAUGGUUGCUGAUAGGUCAUGGAGAGUCCGUUACAUGAUUGCUGAUAAUUUUGUUAAGUUAAGUAAAGCUGUCGGUGAAGAUAUUACUCGUGAGGAUUUGGUCGUGGCGUUUGUUCGACUUUUGAAAGACAACGAGGCUGAAGUUCGCACAGCUGCUGCAGGACAAGUCCCUGGUUUUGCGCAGUUGAUAGACAAAGAAACAAUCUUGAACUAUAUUCUUCCAUGUGUCAAGGAUUUGGUGACGGAUACUUCUCAACAUGUCCGUGCUGCACUAGCUAUGCAAAUCAGCGGACUGGCACCCAUUCUUGGCAAGGAGGCAACAACAGAGCAUCUCCUUCCCCUUUUCUUACAAUUGCUCAAGGAUGAGUUCCCAGAUGUGCGCCUAAAUAUCAUUUCUAAGCUUGAGACAGUCAAUGAAGUCAUUGGAAUCGAGCUUCUUUCACAGUCGCUUCUGCCUGCAAUUGUUGAGUUGGCCGAAGAUAAACAAUGGCGGGUCCGUUUAGCCAUUAUCGAUUAUAUCCCUUUGCUAGCAACCCAAUUGGGGGUUCAGUUCUUUGAUGAGAAAUUGGGUGCUCUUUGCAUGUCGUGGCUAAGUGACAGUGUGUUUUCGAUUCGUGAGGCAGCCACAGUCAACUUGCGUAAGCUCACUGAAGUCUUUGGUGUUGAUUGGGCUAAACAAACUAUCAUCCCCAAGGUCUUGGCCAUGGGAAACCACCCCAACUAUCUGUAUAGAAUGACAACUAUUUUUGCCAUCACGGCCAUGGCGCCUGUAGUGACACCUGAGGUUAUCCGGGACUAUAUUUUGCCUACUGUUACCAACUUGGUCUCAGACCCUAUUCCAAACAUCCGAUUUAAUGUUGCAAAGUCGAUAGAAGCAUUGAUUCCUGUUCUCUUGAAGAACCCUGAUACGAAACCGCUAGUUGAUCAACAACUCAAGCCUUCCUUGCUGAAAUUAAGCGAAGAUAAAGAUAACGAUGUCAAGUUCUUCUCACAGAAGGCUCUUGCUGCAGCACAAUAAAAUAUAUAUCAUACCGACAGAAGCCAGACGUGAAAGAGUGGGAGAGGAGAGCUGUUAGUAAAGCCUAGGAGAAUAAAAAAGGAAACCAAGCCACAUUUGAAUCCGAAAAUUUUUUGAGUGGAUUGAGCCAGAUGGGACGGAGUGUAGAUAAAUAAACAAGAUAAGCUUGC